ACUGAGGUAGAGAACUGAUAGCUUAGCUGUCACAUACUUAGCAAGUUAAUAUGUUCCGGCUUGCUCUGCUAACUGUUUUCACCUUCAUUUUUCAAAGUAAUGCAGAUUUUUUUCCUCCACAGUUCAACAUAAGCCUGGACGUGAAACCUGAGCAGCGAUGGGAUCCUCUGAUAGAAAGUUUUGACAAGGAGUUCCUGAGAAAAAGUGCUGCUGACAUAAUCAAUUCAGCAGUGCCAAAGUGGGUCUAUUAUGCCAUUCAACCAAUUGCUGCAUCUUUGGAAUGGUUUCUGCCUGAGCCAUUUGCUGGAGAAAUAUAUGGACUGAGUAAAGGAUUUGGAUUAAGUGUUGCUGAUGGGGUCAUCCUCAACCUAGUUUAUGAAUUCACUCCGUUCUGCACCAGUAUAAUUGCUCAAGAUUCCAAAGGCAACAUUUACCAUGGAAGGAACUUGGAUUAUAAUUUUGAAAAUAUAUUAAGAAAUUUGACGAUUGAUGUGCACUUUACAAGAAGUAGAAAGGUAGCCUACACUGGCACAACCUUUGUUGGAUAUGUUGGUUUAUGGACUGGACAAAAACCAUUCAAGUUUACAAUUUCAGCUGAUGAACGAGAUCAUGGCUACUGGUGGGAAAAUAUAAUUGCAGCCCUUAAAAAUGGUUCUCCUGUAAGCUGGCUUAUCAGAAAGACUCUCGAUGAAGCUGAGGAUUUUGAGUCUGCAAUGCUGACCCUGUCCAAGACCCCACUCAUUGCCAAUGUUUACUACAUUGUUGGAGGCACCAAGGCAAAAGAGGGAGUGGUAAUAACACGAAACCGAGAAGGGCCAGCAGAUAUUUGGCCCUUGGAUCCCUUAAAUGGCGAAUGGUAUCGAGUAGAAACCAACUAUGAUCAUUGGACAACACCUCCUCCAUAUGAUGACCGAAGGACACCAGCAAUCAAAGCUCUCAAUGCAACAGGACAGGAAAACAUUAAUCUGGAUACACUUUUUAAGAGCCCUUGCAAUGCUGUCUGGCCUAAGCACAUGUGGCUGUGGCCACUGCUACACCACUGCUGGAAAAAAAAAGGUGCUGUCUGUACAUCCCACCCAAAACAACUCCACUGUGUACACAACAGUGAUGAGUGCUGCUGCCCCAGAAAAGUACAGGACAGAAGUUCGAACUAUAACAUAAACAACAAUGAAUUUUUAUGGCACAGAGGAUAAGCUUCAUCCUGCAAUUCAGGGUACGGCAAGACAAUAACGGAGCUGAUGUUCAAUAAUGCAGCCUGAAAAAAAAAUCACAUAUCAUAGUAUCCUGGACAAAAGUACAUAAUAGUGCAGAAAGAAAUGAUAAUUCAGUAUGAAAGUUAAAGAUGUGUUAAUCUACACAAACAUUUCCUACACAGCAAAUAAGAGUUUUUAAGAGUUUGUAUUGGCUUGGUUGUGCAUAUCUCAUAAAGAUAUCAUUUGAAAAGAAAAAUCUUUUCUUGAAUGCUGUUUCAAUAACAUGUUAAUAAAACUUGUGGAUUAAAGGAA